AUGAAAAAGACUAGGCUUGGCGGAUUGGUUACUGACUAUGAAUAUCUAACUAUGCAUGAAGAUGAAACAAUCAUUGAUUUUCAUGGAAGGAUAUGUGAUGUGUCUAAUGAGUGUUAUGAUUUGGGUAAAGUCUAUAGUAAUGUUGAACUUGUCAAGAAAGUCUUGUGCUCACUGCCCAAGAGAUUUAUGUCAAAGAUGACCUUAAUCGAAGAAUGUCGAGAUUUGGAUGCCAUGCAAUUGGAUGAGUUGAUUGGAUCCUCACAAACUUUCGAACUCAGUUUGAAAAGAUGGGACAAGAAGCCAGGUAAAGGCUUUGCUUUGAAGCAUGAGUCUAGUCCUGCUUCUUUUCGAAAAAGUUUUCAAAAGAACAUGAAAAUAAGAUCAAAGGCAUUAAGUGUUUUGAGUGUGAGGGUUAUGGUUACAUCCAGUCUGAGUGUGCCAACACUGAAGAAAAAGGGUAAAUCAAUGGCUGCUAACCUAAGUGAGCGUGAUGAGGAAGAAAAUGAGAGUGAGGAAGAUGAACAUACUAAGGCCAUUAUUGAGAAGUUAAAUACAACUUCUUACAAUCUUGAUGAAGUGUUGGAUCAAGGGAAGAUUUUUGAAGAUAGAUCAGGUUUGGGAUUCACUCCAAGUGCGGGCACAUAUACAUUUGGUGUGUGCAUAUUCAUCAAGGCUUCAAAAUCUCUUUCUAUUGCUAUUGCUGCUGCUGACAAUCAAUCUCUGAAGAGAAUACAUGCUUCACCAGUUAUGGAAGAAGACAAGAAGCAUAAAGCACUUCCUAAAGAAAUUCUUAAAGCCAAUGAAGAUCAUGAGAUGUUACAAAUUAAGGAUCACACAUCAAAGGAGAUUGAGCAUGAAGUAGACGUUGAAGUUGAACGAGUUCUCCAAGAAGAAAAGAUUGAACAACAGCAAAAGCAAACUGUCUUAAAGGAGAAGCUUGAGAAAAAUCAAGUUGUCCUAAAGGAGAAGCUUGAGCAAGAAGAACACAUUCAAGUUAAGGAUCAAAAGGAUGAAACAUCGACAACAUUCUAUUUUGACUUGAAGACUAUAGUGCGUGACAACUCUCCUAGGAAGAUCAAUGACAACGUAUAUUUAUUUGCUCCAAAAGAGGACUUAUUACUCUACUUCAAGUAUCACCCAACUUAUUGA